AUGACCUCAUUGCGUUCUAUUAAGCAUUAUCUUCUUCCGGAUCAGGGUGAUUUCUUGGUUCAUUUUACGGAUAUUACACUUGAUGAACUUGAUAAAACACCAAAUGAGAUCUCUGUUGAGAAGCUUCAGUUAAGUGAGAAGUUGGAUCCUGAAACUAUGAAUUUGAUUGGAGAGGAGUUUAUGAAUAAGGGACUUCUUCUAUCUGAUUCCACUACUCCUACUACUUCAAUAAUAACUGGUGAGGAGUUAAGGAGGGAGAAUAUGAUUAUGAAAGAAGAGUGCCAAGUGAUGAGGGAGGAGAACAAGAUAAUAAGGCAAGUCAAGAAGAGGAUCAAUGCCAAAUUAACACAAAAUAAGAAGCUUUACUUUGUCCUGGGGAUUGGCUUUGGUGUUUUAGCUUCUACCUGUUUCUCUAUUGUGAUUCUAGUCUCCUCUUGA